GAACACGGCGCGCGUUACCAGAGGACUGAGGGCGCGAGAGAAGGACGGAGCGAACGAGAGCGGGCGAGCGAGAAAGAGCGAGAUAGGAAAAGGACGAGAUAGAGGAAGAGAAAGAGAAAGAGAGCGAGAGAGAGAGAGAGAGAGAGAGAAAGAGAGGCGGAUUCUCGCGGCGGCUCUCGGAGCGGCUCGCGGACGACCGUUGUGAAUUCCCCCAAUGGCGCAUGCACGGCUCAGCUGUGUGCGUCCUGUACGCACCGCGUAGUGAUGCGCUUGCCAGGAUCGCCGUCCGGGUGAGCACGCCAGUGCCGGGACGUCGUGCAGGUGAGAGCGUAGGUACGUGCGAUCAUUCGGCGGUGGUUAUCGCGCACUCGGUCGCGCCGGGGGAUGCGCGGAACAUGGGUGGUGCACACCGCUACCUCGUUGGCAGCCUCGCUGACAGGCGUUCUCGGGUGCGAGCGUCCUGCGGAGUAUCGCGCGUAUCGCGUGAACUCCCCGUCGGCUGGCUUUCUCAGGGAGAGACCGAGCGCGUCGAAGUUCUCUCUGCGCUCCCGUGUGACGUCCACGACGUGUCAAGUCGCGGACGUAACCUCGCUCGCGCGACCACUCGCCUGCGCGAGAGGCUUCUCCGUCGACGAGAGAGACCCUCGGCAUUUUUCCCCUCCGGGUGAGCGCAGUGCGACGGAGACGAGCCGUGUGGAUACGAUCCGACGAUGCGUCAGCGACGCCCCUCGGGAAAGAGCUGACGUCUCGGCGGAGCGAUCUGUCGCUUCGGGGACAACGGGCCCGUCUCGUGGCGCAUCGCUCUUUGUUACACGCGCGAAUCACUGUCACCUUGUAAAUUACGCAGCUGAGUCAUUGCCCGUUGAACACACGGCCGCACGUGCCCCGCGUACUUUCCCGCAGCGGUACAUCCUUGUUACUUUUGGCUUCCGUUUCGUCACGAGUGCGGGCUCGGUUCUGGAGUCGGUUCUGUUUACGCAGAUGUCUGCGCGAUACGUUGCGCAUCGUUAGGAUAAAUUCCGAUAUUAACCGCUGCAAUUAUUCGUCGAAAUUCGGAAACAUGGAGCGUCCACUCAGUGUCACAGUCAUACAUUGCUCGAAUAAAUACUACAUUUAGCCCUUAGUUUGGAUAGUCUUUGAUGCAACAGAAGUAGUACAUUGUCGUGUGGCAUAGUAGUCCAAACUCCUACCAGGAGAGAUGGAUGUCGUGCGGGAUGAGGAUAGGUGGAGACGCCUACGGGCUCUGGAGGAGCGUAUAAAGGAUCCAAGAAGCGUCACGAAUAUCGACUGCUUGUUGGACACGGUUCAAGCCUUGGUGUCGGAUUGCGAUCACGCGAGUGUGAAACGCAUGAAAAACAUAGAAGCUUAUAUGAAUAGAUAUGACUCCGUAGCUCAAGAGAUAUAUAAAAUGCGAAUGCGCACGGACGAUUUUACUCUGAUAAAAGUAAUCGGCCGUGGAGCAUUCGGCGAAGUGCAGUUGGUCAGACACAAAUCUACGCAGAAAGUAUACGCCAUGAAACUGCUUAGUAAAUUCGAAAUGAUCAAAAGGUCAGACUCCGCAUUUUUUUGGGAAGAGAGGGAUAUAAUGGCGCACGCCAAUUCCCAGUGGAUAGUACAGCUUCACUUCGCGUUCCAAGACCAGAAGUAUCUCUACAUGGUGAUGGAUUACAUGCCAGGCGGUGACCUCGUGAACCUGAUGUCGAACUAUGACGUGCCAGAAAAAUGGGCGAAAUUUUACUGCGCCGAGGUGGUGCUCGCAUUGGAUGCGAUACAUCUGAUGGGCUUCGUUCACAGGGACGUGAAACCGGACAACAUGCUGCUCGACAAGCACGGUCACUUAAAACUCGCCGACUUCGGCACGUGUAUGAGGAUGGAUGCUGACGGUUUGGUUCGGUCCGACACCGCGGUCGGCACACCCGAUUACAUCUCCCCGGAAGUCCUGCAGUCGCAAGGCGGUGAAGGAGUUUACGGUCGCGAAUGCGACUGGUGGUCCGUGGGUGUCUUUCUGUAUGAAAUGCUGGUCGGCGACACACCGUUCUACGCCGACUCCUUAGUCGGCACAUAUUCGAAGAUCAUGGAUCACAGGAACUCGCUGCACUUUCCUCAGGAAGUCGACAUCUCGCACUCGGCGAAGAACUUGAUAUGCGGCUUCCUCACCGACAGAACGAAGCGUUUGGGCCGCAAUGGCGUGGACGAGAUUAAGAGCCAUACGUUCUUCAAGAACGACCAGUGGACCUUCGACAACCUGAGAGAAUGCGUGCCGCCGGUGGUGCCUGAACUGUCUGGCGACGACGAUACAAGCAAUUUCGAUGACGUCGAUAAGGAGGACGGGCCAGAGGAGAGUUUCCCGGUGCCCAAGGCCUUUUCCGGUAACCACCUGCCUUUCAUCGGAUUUACUUAUUCCGGUGAUUACCAGUUGAUGGCUUCGCAUGGCAAAGAGUCCGUCGACGGGCUGGAGAAUCACGUGAACAACGGCACUACAGACGACGUGAAGAUCUCGCAGCUGGAGAAUCUGUUGGACCGCGAGAGACGGCAAGUGGAGACAAUGGAGUCGCGGCAAAAGGUGCUGAAUACGCAGUUGGAUGCGAUGACGCGUCGGGAAGCCGAGUUACGGGAGGAGAUCGGCAGGGCGGACAAGGAACUGACAUUGCUUAGACACAACUACAAGGAGGCGCAGCGCCGAGUGGAACACGAGACUGAGACGCGCAGAAAGGCGGAGUCGCUGCUCGUGGAGCUGAAGAAGAAGUUCGACGAGGAGCAGACGAGACGAGUGCGAGACGCCAGCAACUCGCAGCAGACGUCCGAGCGUGUGACCACGUUGGAGAAACAGCUCAAGGAGAUGCAGUGCAAGCUGGAGAGAGAAACUGAAACGGCGACGCGACUGCGGAAGCAGACGACGGAAGUGACGGUCGCGCGUCAGGCCGCCGAGCAAAUGGCGAGCGAGUUGCAAGUCGUGAGAGCUCAGCUGCAAGCACAGCGCGACAACUUGCAGCAGGAGGUUGCCGCUCUACAGGGCCAACUCUCCAAGGAACGCAGUUCCAGAUCGCAAGCGUCGUCGCUGACGGCCGAGCUGGAGACGCGUCUCUCCGCCUUGCAUCUUGAGCUAGAACGCAGUCAUGAAAAAGAAGAGAAGGCGACUCUGGACAAUAGGCAACUGAACGAAAGGGUUUCCGCGUUGGAGAAGGAAGCUGCUAGUUUGACCCUGGAGCUGAAAGCCGCACAAGCCAGGUACAAUCAGGAAGUCGUGGCGCAUCAGGAAACUGAACGAUCGCGCAUACUCUCCAAGGAAGAGGCCAAUCUGGAGGUCGUCAAAGGACAAAAGAACGGGAUUUUCGAAGUGAAACUGAACGAGGAGAAAAGUGGAAGACAACGCGCGGAAUUGCUCGCACAGGAGAAGGAGCGCCAGACGUCGAUGCUCUCCGUCGAUUACAGACAGAUACAGCAACGAUUGCAGAAAUUGGAGGGCGAGCACAGGCAGGAGAUGGAGAAGGUCAAGGUACUGCAGGGCCAGGUUGAGCAGGAGCAGCAGAAGAGGAACGUCUUGCAAACCGAGCUGGGUCAACAAACAUCCGAAGCGGGAAGACUUCGCGCUCGCGAGCAACAAUUGGUCGGAGAGGUCGCUCAGUUGAGGGAGGCUAAACGACAAAUAGAGGAGGAGUUGCAUCACUUGAAAACGCAGAGGAACGUCGAUCAGUUGCAGACGAAGGAACUGCAAGAGCAAUUGGAAGCCGAAGCUUACUUCUCGACUCUUUACAAGACACAGACACAAGAGUUGCGCGAAGAGCUGGACGAGAAAGUGAGGCUGCAGCAGGAAUUCGAGGAAGAACGUAGCUCCUUGGUCCAUCAGUUGCAGCUGUCGCUGGCACGCGGUGACAGCGAAGCGCUAGCCAGAUCCAUAGCUGAGGAAACCGUGGCAGACUUGGAGAAGGAGAGAACUAUGAAGGAAUUAGAGUACAAAGACGGGGUCGCCAAACACCACCAGGAACUGAACGCGAAGGAGCAACUUAUAAACAGGCUCAAGGAGAACGAGAGCGAGUUCAAGAAGUCGGUCGAGCAGACUCUGAAAGACAAGGAGGACCUGAGCAAGCGGUUGAAGGAACUACAGGAACAACUCGGCAAGGCGCAGUCCAACGCGGAAGAGAUCGAGAAGCUCAGCAGCAAGCUGAAGACCGAGCAGGUGCUGAAGCAGCAGGCGGUCAAUAAGUUAGCCGAGAUCAUGAACCGGAAGGAUCUCUCGUCGAGUGGCAAGAACAAGAACAAGGCAUCCGCCGCGGAUCUGAGGAAGAAGGAGAAAGACUGCAGGCGGCUGCAGCAGGAGCUCACUCAGGAGAGGGAGAAGUACGGACAGCUGGCAGCUAAGUGGCAGAAGGAUCUGCAGGAUAUACAGGCGCAACUCGUGGAGGAGAAUCAGGCGAAGCUAAGGCUGCAGAUGGAACUGGACUCGAAGGACUCGGAGAUAGAAACGCUGCAAAUGAAAAUCGCGUCGCUCAAUUCGGAAACUGCCAGUGUCUCGUCGAUCGAAAACGACGGGGAAGACUCGGUCUUAUCCGAGCACGGUACGAUGAGGCUGGAGGGCUGGUUAAAUGUGCCAAACAAGCAGAAUAUUAAGCGGCACGGCUGGAAGAAGCAGUAUGUCGUGGUCUCCUCUAAGAAAAUAAUCUUCUACAACAGCGAGAACGACAAGAUGAACGCCGACCCGGUCCUGAUAUUAGACUUGAACAAAGUCUUCCACGUUAGAUCCGUUACUCAGGGUGAUGUUAUCCGAGCCAAUGCCAAAGAUAUACCCAGAAUAUUUCAGUUACUUUAUGCCGGCGAGGGUGAAGCGAGGCGACCCGGCGACGAAGGGAACACAAUGCCCGGAGUGGAUUUGCCGCAGCUCACAGACAAACCCGGCACUCAGUCGCUAAAGGGCCACGAGUUUGUGUCAAUAUCGUAUCACAUGCCGACGACCUGCGAAGUCUGCUCGAAACAACUCUGGCACAUGUUCCGGCCUUCGCCGGCCCUCGAAUGCCGAAGGUGUCGCAUCAAGGUUCACAAGGAACAUUUGGAUAAGAAGGAAGAUGCCAUAGCCCCCUGCAAAUUGCACUACGACCCGAACAGCGCGCGCGAGUUGCUGUUGCUCGCGGCGAAUCCCGAGGAUCAGAAGUACUGGGUCUCGAGGCUGUCCAGACGUGUCCAGAAAUGCGGUUACAAAGCAAACUCGCACGUGGACGGCACGGGACAACGAGUCUCGCCAAGGGAAUCCACGAGGUCGACCUUAAAGCCAUACUUGACGGUGCAGCAACGAUCCGCGACGUUACCAGCGAACGCCAGUAUGGGCAAGUGAUCUUGGAAGAUCCUACCGCUGGCCAUUCGAAACUCUGGUUAUGAUCAGUUGCCCCGUUUGCCCUCGAUAACAGCGAAGUCAGCGAGGACGCUGAGUCGAUCGUUCUCCGUGGCCACGACUUCGCGAUUUUCUCUUCGCGCCUUCCGGCGACCCAAGUAGACUGUUGAUAAUUUUUUUAGGUCGAGGAUAGAGAGAGAGGGGGGGAGGGGGGGAGAAGGAGGACACAGCGAUCGCGAUCGAUCGUCGCGAUCGGCGUUACGUUUGCAGCUAAGAGUAAACUCAAAUUUGAGAACUGCUGGAGAAAACAGGGUUACUACACGUAUGCCGGAUGAUGAGAGGGUUAAGAGAGAUGAGAGGGCAUGCACGAGAAGGAGCAAGAAAGACAAGACGCCGUGCUCGGGAUCCCUUCGCCCGCCAUAGUCGUUUCCAGGACAAUAACGUGAGUCACGGGGAUACGCCGUGUUCCUCGGAAUUGCCGGAUCGUUUCAUCGUGUGCGAUGACACGGUGUAAAACUUCCCUUCGUAUGGUGUUCGUGAUAUUAUAGAUAUACAUGUAUUUGCGACAGGCUGUAAGAGCGUUCUCUUUUGAAAACGAAAAAAAAAGGAUGGAAUUAUUGCAGUGAUUUCCGCAGAUUGGGACUGUAUUUAACUUUGUACGCACAUUUCUUACUGCCUUCGGAUUAACGAUUAAUGAAAUCGUGGAACUGUUUUUUAGCGUAAGGCGAAGAUCACGUUUUUUCGAUGCUUUAAAACCGAAUUUUCGGAAGCUUAUGAAGAGAGAGAGAGAGAGAGAGUAUAGUAUUUUGAAAUUAUUUUAUAUACAGAUUGUUCUCUGAGAAUGCGUGUGUGUCAUUAGAUGCGCGCCAGGAGUCUUGCUUUUCUAACGUAACUCUUGCGUCUUAGCGGUGGAUUUUGAUUAACAGUCGAUAGUGUCGAGGUGUUCUCCUUUUUUCCGGCGCGGAAAUUGAAUUGCGAAGAGUGUAAAUAACCGAGCCACGCGCGCCCGAGAGUCCAACAGCAGUGUUUUUAUCGGAUAUGAGAGGCGAGUCGACUCCGCGGAUCAUUGCGAGAGAAGGAGACCGGUUGUACGAUUGACUAGCAUGCGACGUGUGCAAGGACUAAAUAUGCUAGUGCACAGCGGAAUGAGUGCCGGCUUCAUUUGUAUAGUAGAGAUAAUAAUUACGAUUGUAAGUUAAGAAUUUUUAUUACGAUGAUACACGAGCUAACGACGUCCGCUGUAUCCGACAAAGAAAGAAGGAGCGAGUAAAAUAGAGACAUAGGAAGGGAGAAAGAGAAAGAAAGAGAGAAGGAGAGAGAGAUAGAGAGAGAGAGAGAGAGAGAGAGAGAGAGAGAACGAGGAAAAAGGAACUAAAAGACGAGAAAACGAACUAAAGAGAGAAGCAAACAUAAUCGAGAGACUUAGAAGUUUCGUCAUGGUGCCAUACGGCUUGGCGACAAGAGGAAACAAAACGGGAAAAAAAAGAAGCAAGAAACGAUCGUAGAAACCAUGUUAGCUAUUAUUAACGCGUCAUCGCCGUCUGUGUUCUUUCCAAAAUACCUCCACGAGGCAUCGCGUUGUGUCGAUACUCUCGUUGGAGCGAAGAGCCGGUCGCAGCGACAGCAUCGUCAGCUAACUGCGGUUAACUGAAUUCUCCUUCUCUAUGGGGCCGGGCUUGUAGACUUGUUAAGGUAAAAUGAAUUUCAACACUGAUCAAACAGCUGUUUUUUUCUACGGACAGAGUCUAAUGGGAACUUAUCUCUAAUUUUGCGGCAUUUAGAGAAAGAGACAGGUGAAAAAUGUAGAAAGUUCCAAUUUCUCUCUUUUCGAAGGUAGAAAGAGAAAGAGAGAGUUAAUCGAGUCUCACUUAACUUUAAUCAAUGUCGAUGAAGGAAAAAACGGCCUUUUUACUUAGAUAGUAGCUAAGUUUAAAAGGAAAUAGGAAAUCUGUAGCUAGGACCAAUUAAGAAAAGUUUGUCAUACCUACAUCCAUCACGUUUAAUUAAACUGUAGUUAACUAAAUUCUCUCUUUCCAUCUGUAUUAUAGCCCUCUGCCUAGAUAAGGGACGGAGAAUCGCUAAUCGAAGUUGGCUAACUAUACCUAUCGAUGUAAUUGAUCCCAAGAACUCAGUGAGACGUCCCUUAAAAUGGUGCUCCCCCUGUCCCAUCCAUCCUUUUGGUUUGGCGAAGCGGCGAGAGCGAGCGAGGAGCUGCCGAUGCUUCUUGCCGUCGAUAAUUGGAAUAGUGAGAGAGAGAGAGAGAGAGAGAGAGGAAGGGAGAGAGACAUAUAAAGAGAGAAAGAGAGGUUCACAUCGAAAUAAAAAGGAACACCAUCCGAUAUACUGCCCUGUGCCUUCUUCGCAGUUUCGGUCCUCUUUAAAGGCGAAACUGGAAGAAAA